AUGGCACGGACAUUCCAUGGACGAGAGAGGGGAAUUCUGGGAUCGCGUGGGCGGGCAUUUCGAUCGCAAUCGCCGCGAAGAAGAGGAAGAUGGCCCGUUGCGGUGAGCGCGUUUCUCUCUUUUUUUUUUCUCUUGUUUACCCUCGUGUAUUUUAAACACUCACAUCCCUCUCUCUCUUCCUCUCUCUCUUUGUCCAUUUUAUACACCACUCGCAGAUGCUUACUGAACAAGUGUGGCGACCAAACGCGCGAUUGCAUUCACUCGAAAGCGUGCAGAGACUUCAUGAGGUGCACAAUCAACUGCGGCCGCGAAGGCCGCCGAACUGAGAGAAAAGAUAUCGAUGGAUUAUCUUUUAAUCCGACAAAGUGCGCGUUCGCGUGUGUCCAAGAACAAAGCGAAUCGGAUGCUGUGAAGAAGUUUUCUUUGUGUACGAUUACGAGCGGGUGCUCUUUACCGCUUCAAUAA